AUGAAUAAUGAUUGGUUUUAUGAUAAAAGUACUAUAAAGAAAUAUGAUAAGGCUAUUCAUUUGGUUAGAGAUAUAGCUAUUUGGAAUGUUCAAUAUCAAGAGAGAAGAGAUUUCAGAGAGUUUACGAAAAACAAGGGAAAGCAAUAUCGCACACUUUGGAGAGGAGGUAAUUCUGAGAAUGGGGUAGUGAAUGGUGACCAAAAGAUACCAAACUCCUCUGUCAAAAUUGUUUGUUACCAUUGUAGAGAAGAGGGUUACAAGAAGACCACGUGUUCUAAGUUAAACGUUAUAUCUACUUCGAGUAAUGGUAUUAUGAUUAGUGCUAAUGGUAUUGGCUCGGUUAUUGAAAAAAAGAAAAUAAAGUUUCAUGAACCUUCUCUAGUUGAAUGGAAAGAGAUAAAUUCAGCGUACCCAGCGGUAUCUAAUCUAAUUUAUACUGAAGUUAACAUACAUGAUCUGGAUAACAAGAUCCAUACAGUUUUAGGAAUGAUUGACAAUGGAGGCCAAGCUACCAUUGUAAAGGAUGAAAUUGUUAAGCAAUUAAAAUUAGGUGAUUCGGUUCGUCGAUUGAAUUUUAAAAUAAAAGGUUUUUUUUCAAAUGAACAGGUAAGAGUAAAAGGUGAAAUUACUCUAGAGCUUUCAAUCGGAAAGGAAGAAACCAUAAGGACAAAUGCGAUUAUUAUUGACGAUGGUUGUAUAGAUUCUAAUUUAGACAUUAUUUUGGGAGUCACUUUGAAAGAUUAUGUAAAGAACAUUGUUAGUUGUACUAUCCUUAAGGGAGAAGUGAAAAAUAAAAGUAAUAGAAUGCAUUUAGUUCAAUGUUGUAAGAUUAUGGUUCAACAACAUAAUAUCGAGAUAAUUGUAAUUGACCUUAGGAAUUUGAAUAAGAUUACUAUUCCGAUUCCAUUCUGCAGUGAGUAUUUUGAAGAUAUUAUUUACAAAACUUAUGACUCGUGUGAGACUACUCCCAAGAUAUUUAGCAGUAUUGAUCUAUCUCAAAGUUCUUAUCAAUUUCAAAUUCCUGAAUGUAAACAAAAGUUAUUUGGUUUAAGAUUUAUGGGUAGAGUUUUAACACUAUUAAGAAUACCACAAGGUUUCAAAAACAACCCAGCACUUCUUACUGAUGUUUUAAGAAAGGUCUUUUUAAACUUUGAUGUUGCUAGAAGUUCUUUGAAUUGGUACAUAGAUGAUUCCUUGUUGAAUUCGGUAACAUAUGAAAAUCAUAUUGAGGCGUUGGUUGUAUUGCUUAGAACGCUACAGCGGUUAAAUCUCAAGGUGAAUAUUAAGAAAUCAACGUUAGCCAGAGAAACGGUAAAGAUGUUGGGCCAUGAACUUCAUGGAAGAAAUGACUCUAUUACUCCAAAUGUUGAAGCUAAGAAAAUUAUUGCAUCUUGGAAAGUUCCUUCCGAUUGUCGUAAUAUAAAGAAGUUUUUGGGAAUUUUAGGAUAUUACUUAAAAUAUUUACCAAACCAGGCUAGUACAUUAAAACCUUUGAGAGAAAUUGUAAGAAUUUCUAAAGUAGAAGAGAAGAAUGGUAAUAAAUCAUAUUUUAAGUUUGAUGAUGAAAGUAUGCAAUUGUUUGUGAAAAUAAAACAAGAUUUUGCAAAGGCAGUAUUAUAUCGUGAAGUUAACGGUCGCAUUGAUGGAUAUAAAAUUCAUCGUUCAAGUUUUUAUUGUGAGUUAAAAGCUAUUAUUUGGUUAAGUAGAAAAUUAAAAGCACGGUUGUUGGGUCUUCAUAGAAUCAGACCAAAAUGGUAUGUAGAUAAUAUGCUUUUAGUUGGAGCCUUAACUAAAGAACGGCAAGAAGGUACUUUGGUUGAAUUUUAG